CACUGUUAUAUUUACACUCGUUCCCACUGCCUUUCCCUUUGAUUCCCUCUCACCCACAUUCCGUCAACAUCUCCAAAUCCCUCUCACGCCACUGCCCUUCGAUCACUUGCUAUCUGGAUCUCUUCCACUGCCGCUCGCUGUUGUCAAGAUCUCAUCUACCGCUAGCCGCUGCUUCUGUUCAGAGCCUUUUCAUACCCAUUACCAGAAACAUGACAACAGCAAUUGCCAAGUUUGCUCACUUACAAAUCCCACUUGAAGACGUAGUAAAGGCCACCGACAACUUUGCUGAUGAUAACAUCAUCGGACGCGGUGGAUUGGGACGUGUAUACAAAGGACAACUCCAGCGGUCCGGGGAGUUGAUCAAGAUUUCUGCGCUGAGGUUAGAUCGUAAGCAUGGUGGAGGAGUCGUCGAGUUCUGGACCGAAGUUUCAAUGCUUUCAGAUCUCAAGCAUCCAAAUAUAGUCUCUAUUGUCGGAUUUUGUGAUGAACAACAUGAGAAGAUCAUUGUGACCACGUAUGAGGCCAAAAAUGGAAGUCUCAAGGAGCAUCUAAGCAACCCGAACCUCACAUGGACGCAAAGAUUGAAGAUAUCUGUAGACGUGGCUCGUGCGUUGAGUUACCUCCAUUAUAACGAGGGACGUGGCUAUGGUGUUAUACAUCUUAACAUCAAUAGCUCCACAAUUUUAUUAGACGAGAACUGGGAACCCAAGUUAUCCGGUUUUAAAGUUUCCAUCAAACAAUCGCUUAACCGAAUGAACCAGGUCAUCCUUUCUGAACCUAUUGGCACAAUAGGGUAUGUGGACCCGGAAAUUGAAAAGACCAAAGGUGUGACCUACAAGUCGGACAUCUACUCAUUCGGUGUCGUCUUAUUUGAAAUAUUGUGCGGGAGGAAAGCAUUUGUUCCGAAUGAUGCUAAUAGGCUACUAGCUCCAUUGGCCAUAUAUCACUAUGAAAAAAAAAUGCUAAAGGAGAUAAUCCAUCCUGCUCUAUGGAAUCAAAUGUCUCCGCAUUCACUCAAAAGAUACUCAAAAGUAGCAUAUUCUUGCAUAAAUGGGGAGCGAAGAAACCGUAUGGAUACAAACAAUAUUGUCAACGAACUUGAGGAUUUUCAACUUCAACAAGUUCAACGUUUAAAUCUUAUAGAGAACUUGAAACACUUGAAGAUUCACCUUAGUGGCAUAAAAUUGGCCACCGAUGAUUUUUCAGACACAUACAAAAUUGGCGUUACAGCAUACUGUAAUUUGUAUAGAGCAACUUUUGAUUUUGAAAAAACUUCUCCCAUAGAAGCGAUGAAUAAAGGUGAACCACUCAAGAGACACAACAUUGUGCUUAUAAAACGCAUACUUUCUAGAGACGAUGAGCAAGGAGAAGGAGUAUUUUUCACAGAACUUGAAAUGCUUACUAGUGUUAAGCAUCAUAACAUAAUCACUCUACUUGGAUUUUGUGUUGAAGGUUCGGAGAUGAUCCUUGUCACUGAGAAUGUUUCUAAUAGAUUCCUUGGUGAUCAUUUGGGAAACGUCAAUGACAUGCGUAUUUUGACGUGGGAAAAACGUUUGAAAAUUUGCAUUGAUGUUGCACACGCAUUGAACUACCUUCACUCAGAGAUGGAAGCCCAAAAGAUUGUAAUAAACCGUGAUAUAAAGAGUGACAACAUUGGGUUAGACGAGAAUUUGAGGGCAAAGAUUGUUGAGUUUGGGUUUUCUGUAUUCUUGCCUCCAAAUCAAAAUGGCGAAGCUCUACAUCUCACAAACAUUGCUGGCUCAUAUUACUACAUAGAUCCCGAAUAUGAGAAGAGUGGUGACAAAGGGCUAGUAUCUGUGGCAAGACAAAGUUACAACACUGGAACACUAGAGAACAUAAUAGAUCAUAUAAUAAUGGAAGAAAUUGGUGAAAGCAGUUUUAUUCCUAAUAAAGGACCCAACAAGGGUUCUCUGGAAAUAUAUAUUGAAAUUGCAAACCGGUGUGUAGCAGCAACUCAAGCCGAACGUCCAACUAUGAAAGUCGUCGUUAAGGAACUUGAGAAAGCAUUAUUUAUUCAAAUGAGCCAGGGGGAUCAAGUGCAAGGCUCAGAAACAGACCACGCUGUCAGUAAACUUGAGAAAACAUUGGAACUUCAGUUGAAUGAAGAGAACAAUCAUGAGGAGCAAACACAACGUCCAAAUACGACCCAAGUAAUUGCUAAACCUAAGGAAGCAUUGGAGCUUCAAUCAACGCAUGAAAUUCUAGUGGGGAAGAACUUGGAACACUUGAAGAUUCCUCUCACUCAUAUCCAAUCAGCAACCCAUUAUUUCUCACAGGAAUACAAAAUUGUAAAUUUCCCAGAAGAGGACUAUGCUUUCUACAGAGCAGAACUCGAGCAUUAUGAUAAAGAGAAUCCAUCAUCCAAGAGACACAACACUGUACUUAUCAAACGCUACCCCCCUUCUGGAAAUCAGUGGUAUGGAGAAAAAGAGUUUCUCACAGAAAUAGAAAUUCUUUCCGGUGGAGUUAAGCAUCCCAACAUAGUCAAUAUGCUUGGAUUUUGUUUUGAAGAGUCUGAGAUGAUCCUUGUCAUUGACAAUUUUUCUAAUGGAUUUCUUGGUGAGUAUUUGGUAAACCUCAAAGACAAACGUGUUUUGACUUGGGAAAACCGUUUGAAAAUCUGCAUUGAUGUUGCACACGCAUUAAGGUACAUUCAUUAUGAGAUGGAAGACCAGAAGAUGAUAAUAAACCAUGAUAUAUAUAGGUACAACAUUGGGUUGGACGAGAAUUUCGAGGCAAAGAUUGUUAACUUUUGGUGGUCCGUAUUCUUGCCUCCAAAUCAAGAAGAUGAAGCUCUCUAUCUCAAUAAUGGUAUUUGCAGACUGUGCUACAUAGAUCCAGAAUAUGAGAAGACCCAUAAGUUAAAAAAAGAAUCAGAUGUUUAUGGUUUUGGAGUAGUCUUGUUUGAGAUUCUUUGUGGGAAGUUAGCCGAUGACCCAAUUUACCUAAAGGAGAGUGACAUAGGGCUGGCCCAUGUAGCAAGACGAAGCUUCAGCACAAGAUCACUAGAAGAGAUGAUAGAUCCCGUAAUAAAGGAAGAAAUUGGUGAAAACAAAUUUGUUCUAAAUAGAGGACCCAACAAGGAUUCUUUGCACACGUUUAUUACAAUUGCACACCAAUGUGUGGCGGAAACUCAAGACCAACGCCCAACAAUGAAAAUCAUAGUCAAGGAACUUGAGAAAGCAUUAUUCUUUCAAAACAACAACAAGGAUAACCCCAAAAUGUCACUUGAAGAAAUAAAACGGGUGACACAAAACUUUCACGAUGACAAUUUCAUCGGUGGGGGAGGAUUUGGUAAAGUCUACAAAGGAAACCUUCAUGAUGGAGAUGGAAUUAAAACCAUUGUUGCAAAGCGAUUGGAUACAAGGUUUGGUCAAGGAGAACAACAAUUCUUUAGUGAGCUCCAAAUUCUUUUGGAGUAUAAUCAUGAGAAUGUCGUUCGUCUUGUAGGCUACUGUGAUGAAACUGAUGAAAAAGUCCUUAUCUAUGAGUAUUUGUCCAAGGGAAGUCUUGAUAGGUAUUUGAAUGAUACUUCUCUUACAUGGGUGAAACGACUUAAUAUAUGCAUUGAUAUUGCAAGAGCGUUGGAUUUCCUACACGAAGGAGUAGGAAAACAAGCAAAGGUGAUACAUAGGGACAUCAAAACUGAAAACAUCCUGUUAAACAAUGAUUGGAAAGCAAAACUGGCUGAUUUUGGGCUUUCGCUAAUAUGUUCAAUAAAUCAGGAAACAGACUAUAUCAUCGAUCAUGCGUGUGGCACAAGAGGAUACGUGGACCCACUUUAUAGACAGUCGGGAUUCCUAACCAUAGAAUCCGAUAUUUACUCGUUUGGUGUUGUUUUAUUUGAGAUUUUGUGCGGGAGAUCAACGUUUGCAAUUCACAAACAUGAGGGUCACUAUCUACCGGAUUUCAUUAAAAACAAAUUUGAAGAAGGAAAGCAUGCUGAGGUGGUGUUCGAACAAAUAAGGGAACAAAUCGUGCCACAAUCGUUGACUACAUUUCAAGAGGUUGCCUACCAAUGCCUACAUCUUGAAAGAGAAAAACGACCGACCACAAAAAAAGUUUUGGUAGAACUUCAGAAGGCAUUGGAAUUUCAAUUGAAUUCGGAGGUUUCCAUAAUUGAGACACAAGUAGUUGAACUAUCAAGUGAAUUGAACGAUAUGACCAUGACUGGCAAAUCUGAAAAUUCUGAAAUACGUAACAAGGAAAAGAUGUUACUUGACCAAACCGAUGACCAAGCUGAAUCCGACUGUUGAAAGUAAAGACUCUCAGGAAGGCUGCUACACCUUGUCGGCUGAGUAUCUCAUAAACAAAUGCACGUAUAUGAAAAGGACGCUUAGUUGCAGGUACUUUUGGUUGGUGUGUUAGGGGUGGGUUGAAUAAUAGAUUCGCGUUCAUAUGGGUCUUGUUUCAUAUAUAUGUUUAAACAGGCAAGUUGGAUUGAGUUGCACACUUGCACUGUCUUUUUUUUUUUUUUUUGCAUAUAACAGGCAAGUUGGAUUGAUGCUUCUUUAGCUAUAAUGAAUUUUCAUUUAGUAAAAAAGGCAUCAAAUUUCGUUGUAGGUCCCGAAAUAGAAGUGGACGCCCCUGAACUUGCUCAUAAUAAUCUAGAUUU